GGAGGAUGGUCUUCAUGGUCUCAAUGGUCAGAGUGCAGCGCACGAUGUGGACACGGAGUACAGAAAAGGACAAGGACCUGUUCCAACCCGUCACCUUUCAAUGGUGGAAGAGCAUGUUCCGGAGCUUCGGUCCAAAAAGACGAGUGCACUUCUGGAUGUCCAGACGGAGCUUUUGAUGACGUCAGCGCCGUUGAUGGAAGAUGGUCAGGCUGGUCCGGUUGGUCAGCGUGCGGCCCUGACUGCAAGCAGCACAGAAGACGCUCAUGCACUAAUCCGUCACCGUCGAAUGGAGGGAAAUUCUGCUUCGGAAAAGAUACCGUCAGCACCAACUGCACUGGAGGACUUUGCGGGCUCAUAAAAGAAGACGGGAUGGACGGUUCCCAUCUCACCGAGGAAGCCACCCGGGCCCAGGUGGAGACGGACGUCGCCCUGUACAUCGGCCUUGCUGUCGCAUGCACCGUCUUCGCCGUACUUUCAGCUCUCAUCUUCAGGCUGUUCAGAAGGAAAGGGCGGGAUCACAGCAUGUACAACAUGGCUGUUUCAGAAUACCAAGCAGAAUAUUAUCCCGAAGACGAUAAGAAGAACCUGCAUAACGGUCAGCAGCCCGACUUGACGAGAACGGUGGUCAUCCCACUUUCUGUACCGGCCUGUUACGAGUAUCCAUAUUCCGAUGCGGCGGACAAAUACGGCUUGCCUAGAUCUUGCAGCGAGCACCAUUAUGAUGUCCCUCAUCUCAACUCACCCCCUGCUGCGUCGCCUUCCACAUCAACAUCGACGCAUUCCAUGGAAUCGCACCGGACCGCGCCUAGAGAUCAGCAUUCGAGUUCUCACAGUCUAACGAGCUUUUCCUGUUCCUCCCCGUCGAACGUAGAUUCGAACUACGAAACCAAAUCCGUACCGGUGAGGGGUCUGGACAGUGAUUGCGUGGCCUGCAGCACUAUGUCGUCCACUGGAGGGAGGCUCACUCUCCCCGAGUCCGGAAUUUCCCUGACUGUCCCAGAAGGGGCGAUACCGAGAGGUCACAAAGAAGACAUCUACAUAGCUGUUUUGAGAGAUGACAGGCAUCGCCCGAAACUAACAGAUCGCCAGACACAGCUAAGCCCUGUCGUCCUGUGCGGGCCGGCUGGCGUCGUGUUCAAGAAACCGGUAAUCCUCAAUUUCCACCAUUGCGCCAGCCUGAAGCACGGCCAGUGGAGCGUUUCGGUCUGGUCCAGUGAUUCGCCGCCAGAAGCAACCCCUGUCUGGCAGGUAGUUAUAAAUAAAAUCGUUACUCUGGGAGAAGAGACAAUAAACACUCCAGUUUUCACCCAGUUGGAUCAGAGCCAGGUGUACCUCGUGUCAGACCAAUUGACGAGAUUCGUACUUGUCGGCGAGGCUGCCAAUCCCAUGCUGCCAGUUACCAGGCCAGUCAAACUGCUUAGAUUGGCCGUAUUCGCACCGGCCCCAGCCCUCAAUUCACAACACCUCGAUUACAGCAUAAGAGUGUACACACUGGAAGACACGGUCGCAGCUUUGGAGGGUGUUAUACAGAUGGAGAAGAAACUUGGAGGCUGCUUAGUAGACAAACCAAAGAUAUUGCUGUUCCAAGACGGCGGUGGCAACCUCUGCCUAAGUUUAGAGGAUAUUGGCCCCGGGUGGAGAAGCAAACCCCAAGCAGAGUAUCAAGAAAUACCAUUCCAGCACGUUUGGAACUCGACUCAAACACACCUUCACUGUUCAUUCACCUUGGAAAGAACUGAUCGACUCCCUUCAAAUGUUAAUUUUAAAGUGCUGGCUUGCCAGAAAGGAUGUCAAAACCACAGGCAGAUAUUCAGGGUCAACGCCGAGCUUAGACCAGAAUCUUCUCUCUCAUCAUUGAUCCCAGCAAGCCCUGCAAUUGGAAAAUGCAGAACAGUGACAAGUAGUAGUGGUUGCGGCUCAAGCAUAACAACAUGUGAUCCCCCUUUUAGAUUUAGUAAGACUUUACGCAAACAGCUUUGCCAAUGUCUUGAUCCUCCAAAUGCUAGAAGUAACGACUGGCGUAUGCUUGCUCAAAGGCUUAAUGUCGACAGGUACAUAAACUAUUUUGCAACAAAAGCCAGUCCAACAGACCACAUACUGGACCUUUGGGAGGCGAGGCAUCGGGAACCGUCAGCUGUGACUGACCUCUUGAACAUUUUCCGCGUCAUGGGACGAAGCGAUGCCGUCGCUCUCAUGGAAAAAGAGCUUGGCCCUUGGCUUUAGACAAUUAAACAAGAUUCCUAUUUAAUGGACUGUUACUAUAAAUACUAAAUCAUGUUAUUUUUGUAUAUUCUCAGAGAUAGACAAAAAUCUCCCAUGACUUUUAUUUACACUUUAGUUUGUUCAAUUGAAUUAUGUUUUAUAUAUUAUUUUGAUGUUUUUAUUUUAUUUAUUUCAUAACUAGAAAAGAAACUAGCUUUUUAAAGAAACUGUUACUGGUAAUUAUCAACAAUUUGUCCAAUUUAGUGGCAUAAGAAUGUUUCUGGUACAUGUUUUAUAAGUAUUUAUAUUAAUUUACAUCUGAAAAAAAUUGAAAUGAUCAUUCAUUUUAAAGGAAAGGUUUAAUUUAAUUAUCAAAAAAAAAUUAAAAAAAUAUAAAAAUCAAAUUGUUAUUGUUUUCCAUUUUUUUUAAUUAACAUUUUAAAUUCUUUGCAUAAGAGAUCUUGGUAAAUGAGAAAAAAAUGAAAAUCGUACAAAAUAUUGAAAUUUGUUAGGGGACCACAGAAAUGGCAAAUGUUGCCUGAAGACAGUGCUUCUUAUUAAUUCUGUUGGCUUUCAUCCCGGGGUAAAAUUUUUUGUAAAUGUUUCGAUCAUAUAUUUUUGGAUGUUAUUUUGUUAUAUAAAUUUGUUUUGAUAUUGUUUUAUAAUUGGGCAUUUAGAAAAGAGGGUUUAUGUGGAAAUUUGAGUUUAUUUUUGUGAUAAGGUAAAUUAAUAUAAUGCAUUAAAAUAUAAAAAAAGAAGAAAAAAAAGAAAGAACAAGAAAGAGAUCUGUUUUUGUAAUAAGCCUUAAUUAAAUGUAAAUACAAACUAUUUAAACACUAUAGAGUAAAAUUGUUAGCAUUAAAAAAUA